AUGGAUUUGAUUGAAGAAAAUGAGGAUAAUGGUGAAAGAAAUGGAAUGUUUGAAUCAGAUUGCUGCGCAUGGAGUGCUUUUAGUUUCAAUCGGGAGGAAAUUCAGGAAGACCGAAAAGAUGUGGGUGAUCUUGCAGCACUUGAGGGCAAUAAUGUAGCUGUGUACAAUGCUGCUUCACUUGAACAAGGUUUAUUGCAACAGGUUGCAAGAACAUUUACUGAAAAUGCUACUGCUUUGGAAACUGCGGUGCUACAAGAUCAAAAUCCUGAAGAAUUGCAGGAUUUUAUAGUUGAAAACGCUCAGUCUGCAUUUGUAAAGCAUGAUGAGAUGACUCCUUUUGAAGUACUUGAUAAAGUACAAAAUGACACUUCAGAAGCCAUAUUGGAAAACCUGAAAAUUGGUAAGAGGAAGGCUAACAUCACAGUGAAACUGGAAAAUAGUGAAUCAAUGAGUUCUUCCUCCGACAGCGAAUUUAUUCUAAGCGAAGAUGAGAGAGAUGAAAUCGAACCCGUAACGAAAAAGAAACGUCAGCAAAAAAUUACAAAGACGGGAAAAGUUCGCGAGAAAGAACGAGAUGAUGCUGAUGAUGAUUACUUUAGGAAGAGAAUACGGACUUACCUUGCUCGAUUGGAACUUUCAAAAAUUGAAUGUGGCAAAAAGAAAUUACAAGAAGAGAGUGACUUUCACGAAUUGAAGAAUGAUAUAAAAAUACCUAACGAUUGUUGGAAGAAGCUAUAUAAAUAUCAAAAAACUGGCAUAAGAUGGUUGAACGAGUUGCAUAAUCAAUGUGUUGGUGGCAUUUUAGCUGAUGAGAUGGGUCUUGGGAAAACAAUUCAAGUGAUUUCAUUCUUGAGAGCACUAGCAUUUUCACGUUUGGAAGAUAGAGGAUUCAGUUUUUCUGGUCUUGGCCCAGUGCUAAUCAUAUGUCCAACAACAUUAAUAUAUCAGUGGUUAAAGGAAUUUCAUACGUGGUUCCCACUUUGUCGUGUUGCUAUUUUGCAUAAUAGUGGUUCUUUCCAAGGUCAAAGUGAGCAUUUAAUUCGGAAAAUGGUUGUCCCAAGAAGUGAUGGCAGUGUUUUGUUGACGUCAUAUGGAACGUUUGCUAAAAAUCGGAAACAGUUGGUUGACAAAAUUUGGCAUUACGUCGUCCUUGAUGAAGGACAUAAAAUUAGAAACCCCGAAGCACAGAUUACUCUUGCCGUGAAGGAAGUACGUACUCCUCAUAGACUGAUUCUAAGUGGUUCGCCGUUGCAAAAUUCUCUUCGAGAAUUGUGGUCAUUGAUUGAUUUUGUUUAUCCUGGUCGGCUCGGUGCUUUGAAAUCAUUCAUGGAUAAAUUUUCGAUUCCAAUCACCCAUGGAGGAUAUGCAAAUGCUACUGCUGUUCAAGUGCGCACCGCUUAUAAAUGUGCCUGCAUUUUGAGGGAUGCGAUCAAUCCUUAUCUCUUGAGACGUCUAAAAAAGGAUGUUGAAAUGUCUAUUCAUUUACCUACAAAAACAGAACAGGUACUUUUUUGCAAUAUUACGCCAUGCCAGCGUAGACUUUAUGAAGAAUACUUGUCAUCACGCGAAUGUGGCCAUAUACUCUCUGGCAAAAUAGAUCCCUUUGUUGGUUUAAUCACAUUACGCAAAUUGUGUAAUCAUCCAGAUCUUAUAACUGGUGGACCAAAUAAAUUUAAUGACUACGAUGUCACAGCUGAUGAAGAAAUGGAUUUCGGUGCACCCUGCAGAAGUGGUAAAAUGCAGGUACUCAAGACUCUGCUUAAGUUAUGGGGACGACAAGGUCAAAAAGUUCUAUUAUUUUCUCAGAGUCGACAAAUGCUGACGAUAUUGGAAAAAUUUGUGAUUCAAGAAGGAUACGAAUAUCUGCGAAUGGAUGGCGCAAUAUCAGUUAAAAGCCGUCAAUCACUUAUUGAAAAAUUUAAUAAGGAUGCUAAAAUUUUCAUUUUCUUGUUAACUACUCGUGUCGGUGGUCUAGGAAUCAAUCUUACUGGUGCUAAUCGAGUGGUGAUUUUUGAUCCUGACUGGAAUCCUUGUACUGAUAUUCAGGCACGCGAACGAGCAUGGCGUAUUGGACAAGAACGUGCUGUUACCAUAUAUAGAUUGUUAACCGGUGGCACCAUUGAAGAAAAAAUUUAUCACAGGCAAAUUUUUAAAGUUUUUCUGUCAAAUCGUAUAUUGGUUGAUCCGAAACAACGAAGAUUCUUCAAAACCAACGAUUUGCAUGAAUUAUUCAGUCUAGACAACAGAAAAGUACUCAAAAAGGAAGGCACCGAAACAGCAGCAAUUUUAAGCGGCGCUGCAAGAAAUAUUACUCGACAUAAUUUUUUUGAUAAAAGUGAGAAAGAUCGCAAAAAAGAACAAAAGAAGAUGAAAAAGCGAGAAAAGCCUGACACGAAGAUGACAGAUGAUGAUGAUGAUGAUGAUGAUGAUGAUGCGAAAGCUUUUGUUGAGAAGCAUUUAUCAGCUGAAAAAAUUAGCGAAUUGCGAAAACUCGCUCGAAAAAUUAGCAAAUCAAUUGGUAAAAAAGCUGAAGGAAAAACAAAAAGUUAUGAAAGAGAAAGCAAGAGUGACAGGCAAAGGAAUCAAACAACUGAUGAAAGUUCAAGUAUUAAAAUUCCUUAUUUGGGAAAGAAACGACGAUAUAAACAAGCGAUAAAAGAAUUUUCUGAACAAAAUGAUUAUGUACUUGGAAAAUUGCUAGCAAAUACAGGGAUUAUCUCAGCUCUUCAACAUGACCAGAUUUUCUUAGCAAGUAUUGCAGAUGAGCAGUUAAUUGAAGAUGAAGCGAAUGCUGUUGCUGCUAAAGCUGCAGCGUCAGUAAGACGUUCAAGAAGGACUCUUUCAAAACAACCUCUCGAAAAACCAAGAUUCGGUUUGCGGAGAGCUCCUGGAUUCCAAUCUAUUGCUGAAGAUAGUAAUGAUGAUGCAGAGGAACCGAAUUUUAGUGGCGCAGCUUUGUUGAACGAAGAAAGUGGUGGAAGCUUGUUAAAUGCUAUUCGUCAAAGGAAGCAACGUACUUUGGACAUCGAAAAAAUAGCCGAUGAAGAACAUUUGGAAGAACAAUAUCCUUCGCUUUUCAAUACAGCUGAGGCAUCAAAUUUGAAAAAAGCGGAUAAAUAUGAUAACUUAGCAGAAGAUAUUCGUUUAUUCAUGGUUCACAGGAAAGGACAAGCGUUGACAGAUGAAAUUUUGCAGAGUUUUAAGAAUCGUGUGUCAGCUGAAGAUUCGUUUGCAUUUCGAUCCAUUUUGAAGCGUUUGUGUAAAUUACAGAAAAACUCAAACGUGUGGGUCCUUAGGGAUGAAUAUCAGUGA